GUAGCGCGGUUGCCCAUAUACAAGGGAAAGAUUGUGGCGCAGUUGAUUUCCGUUGACUCGUCUGUCCAUAGCGAUCCGAACUCACAAAAUUCCGGGAGCACAAGGAGUUCGCGCUUGCUACUGCCAAGAAAGCCUCACGAAAGCGGAAGAAAUGGCGCAGAAGUCGGAAGAAUCCGGGGAGAAGCGCAGCGGGCGGGUGUGCGGUCCCAAUUCAGCCAAGAAGAAAGCUCCGGAAUUGACCAACCGCGGAUACGAGACCGAUUCGCUAGUCAGUUUUGACAGCCGCUCUUGCCACUCCGACUCGGAAUACGAUGGUUCCAGUCGUAUAUCCAGUUUUACGGAUAGAUCCUCAGUAAACAAUGCUGCCCAGCGGGUGCCCCGGAAAAAGCGACGUGUCCGGCGAAUUGAUCCAGCCAGUCUAAAUCGAGCAUCAUCGAUGAGCAGCAUCACAGAGACUGUUGUCUCUGGAGGAAACAUUGUUCGGGUUGUUCUCAAUGUCCAGCAAACAAAAAUGGUUGGCCUGAAAAUUUUGGGCCCUACAUUGGACAAUCCGGUCGAAGGGAUUUAUGUGGAAUCAGUUAUGAAGGGGAGUCCCGCGGACUUAAGCCGACAGUUUGAGCCGGGUGACGAAAUUCUCCAGGUAAAUUCCGUACCCGUCCACUGCAUGGAUGAACAGCAGGCGACAGCUGUUGUACGCGAGGCUUCCAUUACUGGACAUGUGAUCCUCGAUGUGCGGAAACGUUAUAUCCGUUCCCCUCCCGAGAGCGCAUAUACCCUUCGAGAACUGGAUCCGAAUGAUGAAAAUUCCACCCGGAGAGAGCCCUCUCAUCCCAUUGAUCCCAGUGCCUGGGUGGCACAAAUCGAAGCUAUGCGCUUAGCGGAAAUGGCACCAUACCGAGAGAAAACACCCAUCCUGCCACAUUUCGAUGAUGUUCCGCUUUCCCCUCAUCAGGCCGGUACGGGCCUGUUCAUGUCAACACAGUUUCUACCGCAAGAGUUGUCCACUGGUUCGGAGAGGAUAGAGGUUAUUAGGCAGAUGUGCAGAGAAGAUUCCGGUUUGGAUAUUCGUGAUCGCGAGUGGCUGAAAAUGCCCAUAGCCAAAGCGUUCACGGGAAAAGAUCUCGUCACGUGGCUGUUGGAACAUGUCAAAGAUCUCAAAGGUCGCAGUGAAGGAAGAAAGUACGCUGCGGAUCUGUUGAAAUCCGGUUACAUUAAGCACACGAUUGGUACUAGAGAUUUCUCGGAGAAGUUGUGCUAUACCUUUGGGGAUCUGCCUAAUCUUACGGAAGAGUUUACGCACAUGCCCAUCCUGCAUGACGAAGACUUUCCCGACUCGGAAAGCCAACUGGCGGCGUACAGUGACCUACCAGAUUCGGUUAGUCAGGUGGGUCAAGCCCGCCAUCCUGCCAUUUAUCGUCCAUCCAGCCACAGUGGUUAUGCCAAUAUUGCGCAAAUCAAACGGGGAAACGGUCGCUCGGGCAGCGGACACAGCUCCGGAAGUGGACACAGUUCAGGCUCCGAUAAGCGGCAGCAGUCCGUUAUCGUGGAGGAGACUGCUUCGCAAAUAUCGGAAAUCUAUCAUGGAGUACGUAAUGGCGUGAUAGCCACCGGGGAUCGAGGGCAAAUGCACCGGAACUCGCUGCAGAAUUCUCUUAAUCAUCCGUUUGACAUGCAGUAUGCCAAGAUGUAUUGAUCAGCUAUCCUUGUUGAAGAUUCUGACGAUUUGUAUCGUGAGCUAUUAAAUAGAACUUUCGAGGGAUGGUGAAAUGAACUGAUUGCUUUUACUGUUUUGAAUUUUUAAUUGUAGUGGUACAGUACUUGCCGGGUUUUGCGUUUUGGGCAAGUCGCUUGUCUUUAUUUCCAGCAUGUAUCUUCUAUGCGAGAUGACAUGCUAUUCGGCAAAGUUGACAAUGGUGUUUGAGCUUCGGUACAGAAAAUGCUGCAGUUAUGUGGUUUUGUACUUUUAUGUAUUCCUUAUAACUUUCGGUACUUCUGUAUAUUGAAGUUUGUAUAAAGUAUUUGAAUGUUUUUAG